AGAGGGGCUGGGGGUUUUGGAUACAGCGCAGAUACACGCUCGCACACGCUCAUUCAUUCAGUCAGUCAGCCAACCAGCCAGCCUCUUAGUGAGGCAGACAAAGAGGAGCAGCAUCCUGCAGGAGGACAGCACGCUCCCGGGGGAUGGGGCAUCAUACCCCUGCAUCGCGUUGGGGGGGUCGGAGGAGGCACAGGAGAGCCAUUCAGAAGAGCCGAGGGUCAAAGGUGAGAAGAGCAGAGGGCACCAUGGAGAGUGAGCCGGGGGCCCCUGCCUCCACGGCCAACAGCACCGGGACCACCACCGCCGCCUCCUCCACCGCCACCUCCUCCAGCACCACAGCUGCCAGCAGUAGUAGUACCUCUAACACUACUUCUACUACGUCUACUACUGCCACUAGCAGCAGCAGCAGCAGUAGUAGUAGUAGUAGUAGUAACACUAGCAGCAGUGCCAGUAGUAGUACUACAGCAGGGAGACAGACGGUGCCUCAGAUAUCUGUUUACAGCGGGAUACCGGACAGACAAACAGUGCAGGUGUUCCAGCAGGCGUUACACAGACAGCCUAACACAGCAGCACAGUACCUGCAGCAAAUGUACGCUGCUCAGCAGCAGCAUCUGAUGUUACAAACUGCGGCCCUCCAGCAGCAGCACAACCUCAGCACCGCUCAGCUCCAGAGCCUGGCUGCUGUACAGCAGGCCAGUAUCGCAGCUGGCCGGCAAAGCUCUUCACAGAACGGCACUUCAUCCCAGCAAACAGGAUCAACUCAGGCUACGAUCAACCUGACCACCUCCCCAGCGGCAGCUCAGCUGAUCAGCCGGGCUCAGAGCAUUAGCUCCACCCCCACCAGUAUUUCCCAGCAGGCUGUUCUGCUGGGCAGCCCAUCGAGCCCCACACUCACAGCCAGCCAGGCACAGAUGUACCUGCGCGCACAGAUGGCCCAGCAGAGCAACCUGGUGCAGGUGGCCAGGAGCCUGGGCCGGGCUGUUCCUCUUUCCCCGCAGCUCAUUUUCACUCCAACAGCCACAGUGACGGCUGUGCAGUCAGAGAGCUCCACGCCGGCCUCUUCACAGAAUCAGGUCCAGAAUCUUGCCAUCCGCGGCCAGCAGGGGGCGACCACGUCCUCCUCUCAGACUCAGACGCUGCAGGCUCUCAGUCUGAAGCAGAGCCCUGUGCCCAUCCAGCCUGCCUCACUCAUCAAAAAUCCCAGCCAAGUAACGCAGGCCUCCACGGGAGGGAAGGCCACCUCCUCCGAUGGUUCAUCUGAGGCAGGGAAGAAAGGGGACAGUACGGCAGUCACAGAGGUCCGAGCUAUAAACAUGAGCCGCAGUGUGACAGCUGUCAGUGCGCAGCCCCUGAUUGCUCCAGCGUACACGCAGAUCCAGCCCCACUCCCUGGUUCAGCAGCACAAGCAGCAGCAGCAGCAGCAGCAGCAGCAGCAGCAGUUUGUGGUCCAUCAGAGUCAAGCUUCCCAGAGGACAGCAGGCCAGCUGCUGCAGACAGCCUCCAUUCAGCCAUCACAGCACCCUGUCCCCGUCCUGCCCAAACCUGCUCCACACCAGCCCUCCACGCCCAGCCAGCAGGCCACCAUCUUCCACUCCACCAUCAGCCCCCACGCCCUCCACUCCUCCCUCAACCAUGCCAAAGCUCAGCCCGUCCAGCUCACUGCCAUCAACCUACAGAUACAGCCAACGGCCUCUCGCCUGGUUCAGGACAGCAAAGAUAAGCCAACCUCACUGGUGGUCAGAGAGACAUGUCCAGCCCCCGCCACCCAGCAACAGCAGCCACAGCAACAGCAGCAACCUGCGCCUUCGCCAUCCCAACCCAGCAAGCCCGUAGAGCAGCCCAAGGUCGACCCAGCCACGCCAUCUGUUCAGCCACAAGGCGGAGGCUCAACCAAGAAGCCGAGUGCUGCACCUGGGACCCCACCUCCAGCCAUGACCUCAGGAAAUGAGAGCGAGGCGCCUACCGUGACGGGCAGCACGCCGCAGAACGGAGAGAACAAACCGCCCCAGGCCAUCGUCAAGCCCCAGGUCCUCACACAUGUCAUCGAAGGCUUUGUCAUCCAGGAGGGCGCCGAGCCGUUCCCCGUGUGUGUAAGUGGCCCGAUCUUGCCUUCGCUAGCAGUGCGACAUGAUAAACAAGCCAGAGCCAGCACGCGCUCUCUGGUGUACUCGCCUGCAGGGAGCUGUCAGCAGGCAAACACAAAACCCUCUGUUACUACUACUACUGACAGCUCGCAGCCAGAAAAGGAGCAAGAACCCAAGCUGACCUGUGAAUACUGCGGCUGGGUCGACUUUGCCUACACGUUCAAAGGCUCGAAACGAUUCUGCUCCAUGGUUUGUGCAAAGAGGUACAACGUGGGCUGCACGAAGCGGAUAGGCCUGUUCCGUCCAGAGAGGAGUAAACCAACGAAUCGCUGGCGUAGAAGAUCUCAGGGCCUCUCCAGCAUAGAAGCUAAGAAGCAGAAGCUGUCUCCCUCCCCGCAGCAGCCUCAGGGCGGCUCUGUAUCCUCACCGCAUCCCUCGCAGCCCAGCCAGGAGGAGUCCAGCCCGUGUUCGGACAUGUCCAGCUACGAAGAACCGCCGUCUCCCCUGUCAGCGGCCAGCUCAGGACCCCCGCCUCCUGCACCGGCACCAGCACAGGUCCCCGUCCACCGGCAUCCGAGCAGGGCCUCGGACCAGGAGAGCUGCGCUGCGAGAGAUGCACCUUCGCUCUGUCAGCACUUCUUACCCAACGACCCCACCAAGUGGAAUGUGGAAGAAGUUUACGAGUUCAUUCGUUCACUGCCAGGUUGUCAAGAGAUAGCUGAUGAGUUUCGCUCUCAGGAGAUUGAUGGACAGGCCUUGCUCCUGUUAAAGGAGGACCACCUCAUGAGCACCAUGAACAUUAAACUGGGACCUGCACUCAAGAUCUUCGCACGCAUCAACAUGCUCAAAGACUCUUAGCAGUAAAGAGUGUGUGUGUGUGUGUGUGUGUGUGUGUGUUCUGUGCAUUGAUCUAAGUGCGUCUAUUUUUGUGUGUUUGUAAGCGUGUGAGAGAAGAGUGUGAAACUUUGGCAAAUAUGUCAUCGUAGCACUGACGACACAGACUGACUGCACUAUGACCUCGCCUCCUCCCCACUACUGGACCGGUUCCUUUGAGUCUCACUUGGACUCAUACUCACCUGCAGCUGGAGCACUGGAAGCUGUUAGUCUGUGUUUACGUGCACUCAGAGGGUUAAAAUCAGGAGCCACAGUGAGAUCUGUGCCAUAUUCCAAAAUGUUGAUUCUCACAAUAAAUGAUUGGAUUUACACCAGGUGUUAACGUGCAGGCUGUGUCUGGAUAUCUGAUAUGAAUAAGAAAGAACGCAUGUUAAAGUCAGGUGUAAAUGCAUGUAGAAGUUUGCAUUUUGACUGCUGUUGGAUCCUCUAGAUUAAAAUGUGGUCUGGCUCACAUUAUGAUCAGAUCUCAGACAGGUGUAAAUGCCGUCCAUGCUGCAUUUUUGGGCUUUUUGUGUUUUGUAUUAGUGAGUUGAUGUGGGGGACAACAUGCAACAAAGGACACUGCGGUUAAUGGAGGCCCCUUAUGCCUGGUACACACUGGAUGUAGAAGUGCCGCUAAGUGCUACCCUCUUCCCUUCAGCGACCAUGUUAACCAGUUGAAAGCUAGCUCACAAUCUGCAGCAAAAGUUUUGGCAUCUGGUCUGUUUUUUCCGUGGGUGAACCUGGCAAGAAAACACGCUAGUGAUUUAUUAUAAAAGAUAUAUAGGAGAUAUUACAUACAAUAUAUCUCUGAUCAUGAUAAAUGAUGAAAUAUGCGUUCACUGCUCCCACGUAUUAUUUGUUAGUUGUGUCUAAACAAAGAGCGAGAGAGACAAGCGGACACACAAAAGCAAACAGAGACACUUCUCCAUGUGAUUAGAACAAAGCAGAGGAGAUGAAUCACUUGCUGGCCGAAGCAAAGAAAUACGCAUGUGGUGCAAACGGCCAAGCAACUGCUGAGGGGCCUAACAGUUGACAUGUCAUACUGCUUCUGCGUCCAGUGUGAACAUGGCAUUAGGGUCCUGACACACCUGGCUGACUGAUGGCUGUCAGUGAGAAUCUGUCGCCCUAAUUUUUGCAGUGUGCGCUGUUAGUACUUCUUUGCUCUUGUUGGGGGCUUUUUGCCAAACGAAAUCCCUCUGAUUGGCAGUUCGGCUCGGUGCAGAAGAGAAACGGAAGUGAGGAAAGUAAACAACUAAAGUCAAAAGGGUAUGAGAUGGAAACAAACUUCUAUCAGGCAAGAUUAUUUAUUUUAGCCACUGUGCUAUUUAGCAGAAAUGGUUUGUAAUUGCUUGUGUCAUUGUUAGCUAGGGCACGGUUAAUAUCAUUUGUUCUUUCACCAUGAGGUUAAUGUGCCAACUGGCUAACUAGCAUCUCAAAUCUGUCUUGUUGGUCUUGCGGUUUCUCUCUCUACUGCGUCCAGCUGCUAUGGGGAGUUGUUUCCUCUCAUGCAGACGCAGAACAUACGUGCUAGUUGGCUGUUUGAGUUGUGUUCAAGUGCAACUUUUUGGCCAAGAUACAGGCGACAUGAGGCAACGCACGAGUCAGCAUUUGUCGCCACUAGUUUGGUUUGGUGUGUCUGGGCUUUUAAAACCCCUAAGCCCACAGCAUUGCUUUCUUUGACCUGAGACGUGCCGUGCUGUGCUCCUGUUUUGCAUAUUAAGAUCUGAUCAUAAUGAGGGCAGAACUGUGAUAACAAGACCGCUUAUUAAUUCCAGGUGUAGAGGCAAAGGUCUUAAUUACAUAUUAUCCAGACAGCAUAUCCAGAUACAGAGUCCUUGAUAACAGCAGGUGUAAAUGUUGUCUCAAAUUUGGCCCACAAAAAAACACAGGGGAAGUUUAAAGGAAAAUGGAGACGUGAAUAAGAGAAGUUGAAAAAACAAGUUUUAGUGCCAAAGUGCACCGUCUGCCCAGUUGUGUCUGGGCUGGGUCAUACUGCAACACAGUGCUGACUGAAAUACGACAUUGAGACAAACGUGACUGAAAUCUGAGUUUAUAAUUAUUAUUAUUAUUAUUAUUAUUAUUAAUAUUAUUAUUAUCAUAAGAGAUGUUUUUGUACAGUUGUUAGUGUGUGAAGAAGGAGAGCCACGUCUCUCCGUAUGUGUGGCUGGGAACAGAAGAUUGCAUUCAUUAAUUUUCUCAUUUUUAUUCAGCAGAUGCUCCUUUGCCUUUUCUCACAAUAAGACUCUCACAGCUCUCGAAUACAAAGCUCGAAUGCGGAGAAAACGUUUAAGCGGUUUCUUUUGUGACAUUGAUUUCCCUUUCAUGAGGAACUCGCCAGUUUUUCUCCUGUAGAUUUAAACUGCUUACAAAUGAUUUUUUUCGCCGCUUUUUUUCAAAAUGAUUUACUAAAAUAUGACAUUGAUUUCUUGUCUGGGCUUCAUAGGAGGACACUAAGUUAUCUAAGGAACAGUCGGGGCGUGCUGCUCUCUUCACACAGCCCGGCUUUUGGCACUUAUUUUCCUUUUCGUUUGCUUUGGUGUUAUGAGAAACUCCGACAAAAUUGAGAGCAGCUUGUGCAGCAGUGCAAACAAGUUUAUAUGUACAUAGCCGCUUCAGAGGAGAAAGACUGAAACUAAGUAUGAAGCUGUCUUUUCUUUUUUAAGUUAUCCUUGUUAUUUCAAAACAGAAAUUUAAUGGUGUUUAAUAUUUUGAAAUAUGCAAAUGUAUAAAACUUCAUGGCCUGGGAGUUGUUUUUUAACUUUUUUUUUUCUAAUGAAAUAUGAUCAAAUCUAUUUGUGUUUUUUGUGGCUGUGAUGAAAGGUCAACUUUUUUAGAUAAGGCUUUGUCAAAUGCUUGUAUUUAUCGAAACAGUUUGUUACACAACAUUUUGCAAUUAUAAAUAAUUUGCAAUUCA